ACGAAAGUACGAAAUGGACUGCAAACAAUGAAGAACAGUUUUUGAUUGUUUUGAGGAUAUUUUAGUUACAGCAGGCCUGUUCCCAGUCAUGGAUGUCAAACCAUGUUCACCAUCAAUAAACAUUCACACAUUCUCCGAGAAGAUCUCCGAUAUCAAUGUCCAUUUCCAAAUAAUUCAGCUAAAAGACAGUUUUUGUAUGUGGAUCGGAACUGGCGGUGAAAUGGGAAACAUGUCUUUGGCUAUGCCUGGUGUAAAGGGCUCGGCAUCUCAGAAUCCUUCAACCAUCAAUAUUAUUGGAGAUAGUUCAAAUACAGUCUGUUCAAUGCUGGCUCAAAAAUUAGCAAAGAAAUGUGGGAAACAAGUGUUUGUCAGCAGCAGUUUAUCUUUUGACCAGUUCCUUACUCCAUUAGUAGAAAAAAGAGUUUUUGAAGAAUGGAAACAACAUCCAGAAAUAUUCUAAAAUAUGGAACUACGAAGGUGUUCAAUUCAGCUGAAUGUCGAAGCGUUCUUCAAGACCUGCUGGUGCUCUGUACCUGGGUUUUGUCAACUCGAUGAGUCACUCUUUUCACACAGUUUUUGAUAUUAUUCUUGUUAUAGGAUAUCUUGCAAACCUCAAAAUUGCAAAAACACAUGGAAAAGCAAAACAGUGGACUUAACAAGCCCGAAACCUAAUGCACAUUUAAUCAAUUUUUUUCCUUUUUACUUCUAUUUGAAUAAAAUAAAUAUUUUUUGUAC